CUUGUUGGCCAGUAUUCCAGAUGUGUUGAAGAAAGAACUGUAGCUUAUAGGUUGUGCUUUACACUACUUUGCACUAUUUGACAUUGACAACAUGGCAACUUAAAAAAAGAAACUGUAAGAAUGAAAAAAGAACUAUUGAAGAUGUAUAAGUUGCGUUUUGGGGUAUUGAUUACCAACUCUCAUCACUAGAUAAGAACAGAUUUUUCCCUUUCCAUGACAGAUCACUAUAGGACUGUUGUUUGGGACCAUGCCGAAACAUAAGUACUGCAUAAAUGUGUAAACAGACAAUAUAAACUGCUAUAAGUUAUGUCUUAACCUUCUCUUAUAUUGUGAUGUUAUGUGGAAAACAUUCGAACCUUUCAUCCAUAAUUCGAAGACCAUGUGGGUUAAUGUUAUUAUUAUUAUUAUUAGUAGUAGUAGUAUCAGUAGGCAGCAAUAAUGUAAUAGUAAUGCACAUCUGAUGUUUGUUUACAGACUUAACGGAGGACAUUAUACAGGCUAAAAUAACUAGUCACGUAAAAUAAAACCGGAAGUUAUUAUUGCUGAUCUGUUCGCUGGCUUACUCAUUAAAACAAAUGUUUUUAUAGCUCUCUUGUGAUCCGAUGUUUUUGCAGUUUCGCUUUGCUUAUGUGGCCUUACGGCAUCAACUCGUUAGGUUUCGUUUCCCCGGACUGGCAGGCUGUGUGGGUGCACCUGGUUUAGCCAUCGGAGGUGGACCGCCUCCGUGUUGCAGCUCCAUCAAACCGUGUUGCAGCGCCAUAAAACGAGAAACACCGCCCGUGUGAACUGUCCGGGGAUAGAAAGGGAACCGUACAACCUGAGCGAUAUAUUAUAACCUCUUUGGAUAUAUUGUAUCCAUACUCAGUCAGGCCAAUAACCCGGACGUUUUCUUGUUUGAACAUAUUUGUUUGAUCGAAUCAAUUUCCGAUCAUGGUUAGAAAGAUGUUAUCUAUAGGUAUACGCUGCCAAAUUGGAGUCGAAUUCUUUGAGUUUCUAAAGGAGAGUGAUCGAGCAUCCAUUACAGACAGAUUGGAACUAAGAGACAUUUACAACAAUGAGUUCAGGAGCAGAAAUCCAGGAACCAAAGAUCCAAACUUCGGUUCAAUCCUUCAUGCCUUGAAGGUGUCCAACAAAAUAACUAGACGAAAAGACACUAUUCGCUUCAACUCCACGGUAACAGCUCUUUUUAUGGACCAGUGGCACUCACCAAGGAGCAGUCGGCCAGAACCAGUCCAGAGUGGAGCGGCCGGUCCCGGGACAGUUCAGACCUUCACCUCAGGAGAUCAGGCAGAGACGGGAGUCCGCGCCCGGAGGAAACUGGCCAGUCUUCUGAUGAACAGACUGAAGACAGACAAGGCUCAGUUCAUCUCUGACAAACAUGGCAUCUGCAUUGAUUCCAAACAUCAGUUUGAGAACGGGAAACUUUGCUUGCGCGUUGAAGACACAUGUGAGUGCGUGGUAAAUCUGAAUGUGGAAAACACUGGAAAAGAACCUGUGUAUUUCACCUACUACACCCCACUGCACUGGCUCAGGGACAUUAUUCUAAAGGAUGAGCACAACGUGACCAAGAAAAACCCUCUGUGUCUGCAGCCAGGUGACAGCUAUGAAAUCCAGGUUCACAUCCGCUGCAGUUUGGUUGGUUUCUAUCCAGCUACACUGGCCUUUGAAUUCAAACCAGACCUGCAGCCCUCCUCCGCUGCUUUCCACAUUGUGCGCUUCAUUGAGGCUCAGUGUAUAACUGCCUUGGGACUGGAGCUGGCACCUAUAGCGCCCUACAAACCCCGCUCCCUCCCUGCCUGGACGCCUGACGCUAAUUUCACGAUUGUGGAUGGACAACGACCUGAAGGGCUGUCAAUAAUGCAGCUACAAAAUGUGAUUGAGCUAAAACAGUAUCGAGUACCAGCAUACAUGAACCAGCUCAUCCAGUCACUGAAGCAGUCUACUUACUUCUGCGAUAGAAGAAGGGCUUUGCUGGAAAGUCCCCUGAGCUGGGAGAACUACUCCGAGAGGUUUCAGCUGCUGCUGUAUCUUGAGGAGCUUCAGAUGGAGGUCGACAUCAAGAGAUACAACAUCCCCAACAGUGAAAAAGAAGAACACGCCGUCAUGGUCAGAGAUCGGGUCAACAAGAAACUUCUCAUUCUGAAGGUACCUGGUGUGUCUGAGAACCGCCCGUCUGUGCUACGAGGGGAUUCACUGCUGGCCUAUCCUGCAGGAGAAAAAGGGGAGAAGUACCGCGGCUACGUCCACAGUGUGCAGCUGGACAGCGUCAAACUCGGCUUCAGCUCAAAAUUGCUGGAUCGCUUUGUAGAUAACAUGAAGUUCAAUGUUGAGUUUACUGUCAACCGCCUGACUGUGCGCGUUCAGCACAGAGCAGCAGAGCUGGCAUCUACAUUCAGACUGGGAGAGGUGUUGUUCCCUGCCGCACCUGCCGACUCCUCUCAGCAACCUGAGCUUCCUCAACUCAGGCUGUUUGAUUCAAAGCUGGAGAAAAACCCGGAGCAGUAUCAGGCCGUACAACACAUUGUAGCUGGCUCAUCCAAACCUGCCCCUUACCUGGUGUUUGGCCCACCUGGAACAGGCAAAACUGUGACUCUGGUGGAGGCGAUCAAGCAGAUAGAGAAGACCCAGGCCUCCUGCCACAUCCUGGCCUGUGCUCCCUCCAACAGCGCUGCUGAUCUGCUCUGCAUGAAGAUUCUGGAACACGUGGACGAGCAUGAAGUGUUUCGCAUGUACGCCAGCAGCCGAGACCCAGAACAUGUCCCUGAAAAACUAAAGGCAUGCUCUAACCUGGUAGGGGACUGUUACCUAUUUCCUGCUAAAGAGAGGCUGAUGGGGUAUAGAAUCAUGGUCACCACCCUGUUAACCGCUGGAAGGUUCGUCUCAGGAGACAUUCCUGAUGGUCAUUUCACUCACAUUUUUGUGGACGAGGCAGGACACGCUGUGGAGACCGAAUGUUUAGUCCCAUUGGCAGGGCUGCUCAAUGCAGAGUCUGGUCAGGUGGUUCUGGCUGGAGACCCCAAGCAGCUCGGACCCAUUCUCAGAUCCCCUUUUGCGCUGAAAUACGGCAUGGGAGUGUCCCUGUUGGAGCGCAUGAUGAAUGAUUUUGCUCUGUAUCAGAAGGACGAAGGUGUGUUCAACAAUCGCUUUGUCACCAAACUGCUGCGCAACUACAGGUCCCAUCCUGCCAUUCUCAAGGUUCCCAACGAGCUCUUCUAUGACGAAGAGCUGCAGUGUUGCGCAGAUGAAAUGUUACGCAACUCCUACUGCAGAUGGGAAUACCUUAAGAAGGAGGGCUUCCCGGUGAUCUUCAAAGGCGUGACCGGUGUAGACGAGCGUGAGGCUAGCAGUCCAUCAUUCUUUAACAUAGCAGAGGUGGAGGUACUGAUGGACUAUGUGAAGAAACUGCUGCAGACACACGGCAAGAGAGGCCUGGCUACCAUCUCACCCAGAGACAUAGGCAUCAUCGCCCCCUACAGGAAACAGGUGCAGAAAAUCCGUAAGGCCCUUGAAAAAGUUGGGAAAGACUUCAAAUUUAAGGACAUAAACACCCUAAAGGUUGGUUCAGUGGAGGAGUUCCAGGGUCAGGAGAGGAGAGUGAUCAUGGUGUCUACAGUUCGGAGCAGCCCCAAUUACGUAGAGAUAGACAAACAGUUCAACCUUGGCUUUGUCAAGAACGAGAAGAGAUUCAAUGUGGCUGUGACUCGAGCUAAAGCCCUGCUGAUCGUGGUGGGAAACCCCAGGGUGCUGAACACAGAUCCUACCUGGGCCCGGUUCAUCCAGUACUGCCGAGAUGAAGGAGGCUACGAUGGUUACGAGCACGUAGAGGAGGACGAGGACGUGGUGGAGAGACUCUCUCUCCUCUACAUCAACAUUAACGUUCAAGUGGAGACUGCAGAGAGCGCCGUUCAGCAGCACCUGGACCCCGAGUGGAGGAGCGACCUGUGAGGGAAUGAACACUAGCUUCCAUCCGGAUUCAUAUUUGCAUCGAGGUUUUAAGACAAGGUCUCUAAAUUGGUAUUUAAAUUCUCAUAAAAAAGGGCUUAAUGGCACCUUUCCAUGUGAUGUUAUUGUAUUUUUAAUGUGAGCUACUGUAUAUAUAAACUUGACCAAAGACCACAAAGCACAGGGAGCUGAUUCAUGUUAAGAGCAGACAGUUUCUCUCCAGCUACCUCAGUGGACUGCACUUACACCACUUGGCUUCAAACAGCUGCAAACGCUCCUUGUACCUAGUUAAAAUCACCGCUAAUGAUUUGGAGACUUGAAGCUUCAAUUUUAAGCAAACAAGACCAUCAGCAAUAAGAUUGGCCAUCUCUAUAUAGUCAUUCUUAAUGCCUGUCCAAUUCUCUGCAUAAUCAGAUGAAACGAUUUACAGCAUGCAUUUUCACUUUCCCAGUGAGUAGUACGUUAGCCAGUUAAAAGGAAGCAGGAGGAAAAACUUUUUUUUCGAAGUUGUAUUUUGUGGCUGAUACUCAAGACAAAAAAACAAGUCAGCCACAG